AUGGCUUCGGUCAUGGAAGCGUUCAACGCGUCGUCGACCGCCAUUCCAAACACCAUCCACGCUACCAUUGCAUCUGCCAACACCGGCAUCCUCAGCAAAGCAUUCGACAAUGCCUCUCCCGUCAGCUGGUUCGGCGUCUUCUUGACGCUGUUCCUCACAGCCGUGGUAUACGAUCAGAUGUCAUACUGGUCGCACAAAGGCCCUCUCGUAGGCGAUUCAUGGAAGAUCCCCUUCGUCGGCCCCUUCUUCGAUAGCGUCAAGCCCUCCUUCGACAAGUACUACAUCAAGUGGACCUCCGGUCCUCUUUCCUGCGUCUCCGUCUUCCACAAGUUCGUCAUCAUCGCUGCCACCCGCGACACCGCCCGCAAAGUCUUCAACAGCCCAAUGUACGUCAAGCCGUGCGUGGUGGACGUCGCACACAAGCUGCUGAGACCCGAGAACUGGGUCUUUUUGGAUGGCAAGGAGCACGUCGAAUACCGCAAAGGCCUCAAUGGCUUGUUCACUCGCAAUGCGCUCGAGACCUACCUGCCAGGUCAGCAAGAGGUGUAUGCCGAAUACUUCGAGGACUUCCUACGGGAGAGCCAGAAUGCAAAUGGAGAGCCGAAGCCAUGGGUGUACAACCUCCGCGAGUUGAUGUGUGCUGUAUCUUGCCGCACGUUCGUCGGCCACUACAUGUCGCGAGAGGGUGUCAAGGCCAUCGCUGACGACUACUACCUGAUUACGGCUGCACUUGAGCUGGUCAACUUCCCAAUCAUCCUCCCAUUCACCAAGACCUGGUAUGGAAAGAAGUGCGCCGACAAGGUCCUCGAAGCUUUCGCCAACUGUGCUGCCAAGGCUCGUGUUCGCAUGAGGCAAAAGGGCGCUGAGCCAGAGUGUAUCAUGGACCGCUGGAUUGUGCAGAUGUUGGACUCGGACCGCUACCGUGCGCGUAUUGCCAAGGGCGAGAAGGUGCCAGAUGAGGAGAAGCCAGCAAUGCUUCUCAGGAACUUCUCAGACCUCGAGAUCAGCAUGACUGUGUUCACUUUCCUGUUCGCAUCGCAAGACGCUACUUCCAGCGCUUGCUCUUGGAUGCUUCAAAUCUGCGCAGACCGACCGGACAUUCUGCAGAAGGUCCGCGAGGAGGGCGACAGACUUCGACCAGAUCAUAACCAGGAAGUGUCUCUUGAAAUUCUUGAGAAGAUGGAGUACACUCGUGCCGUGGUCAAAGAGACUCUCCGCUACCGCCCACCUGUCAUUAUGGUUCCAUACGUCGUAAAGAAGGACUUCCCUAUCCCAGAGAGCAACUACGUCGCCAAGAAGGGUUCCAUGAUCGUUCCAUCCACUUGGUUGUCUCUCCACGACCCCGAAGCCUACGAGAGACCCGACGAAUUCGAGCCAAUGCGAUGGAUCACCGGCAACGCAGAAGAGCAGGGCAAGAACUGGCUGGUGUUCGGCACCGGUCCACACUACUGCCUUGGACAGACCUACGCCACUCUCAACUUGAUGCUCAUGCUGCACAAGCUGAGUGCACAAUACGAGUGGAAGCACACCAUCACCCCAACGAGUGAGGAGAUCCGCGUGUUUGCGACCAUUUUCCCAAUGGACGACCUACUGCUCACUUUCUCGCGCAGAGAGGGUGCGUAG